UGUAGUUGCGACACAACGAAGAUGGCGGGCAGCAAAAAGAGUGCCCUGCUUUCGUCUUUAGCCGACUAUGGAAACGAUUCGGAACCCGAUUCCGACUCGGAACCGGAGGAGACAGAAGGUCAAGUUGGCGGUCUUGUCCACGACUAUGGCGAGGAAGAGCUUAACAGAACGGCAGAGGUUGAAGACAAGGUCUCUGAAGACAGCAUUGAGAGCAACUCGGAGAUGGACGAGACUGACGAGGGCAGGGACGAAGAUGAAGUUGAGAUCCCUGAAGCAGAAACAAAGGAUCCAAAUGAACUUGUUGCUCUCUUCUCAGAGAAAGUGCGGAACAUGUCUCCAGAUCAGAUCAAAAUCCCUCCUGAGCCGCCUGGGCGCUGCUCCACCCAGCUACAGGAGAAGAUACACAAGCUGUAUGAGCGGAAGCUCCAUGGAGACUUUGACACAAACAGCCAUAUCCAGAAAAAGAAAGAAUUUAGGAACCCAAGUAUUUACGAGAAGCUGAUUCAGUUCUGCAGCAUCGAUGAACUUGGAACUAAUUACCCAAAAGACAUGUUUGACCCUCACGGCUGGUCAGAGGACUCAUACUAUGAGGGACUUGCCAAAGCUCAGAAGGUGGAGAUGGACAAGCUGGAGAAAGCCAAGAAGGAGCGCACCAAGAUUGAGUUUGUCACGGGCACCAAAAAAGGCACCAUCGCCUCAAGCACAGCAGCCUCCAACACCAACAACACCACCACCACAUCUACAGACGCCCAAAAGAGAAAGAGCAAGUGGGAUUCCGCCAUCCCAGUCACGCUGGCACAGCCCACCCUCAUCACCACCUCGGGCUCCUUACCUGCUGUCGUCUCUGUGACGACCACAGCCAGCGGCACCAAGACCACAGUCAUCUCAGCAGUGGGAACCAUUGUCAAGAAAGCGAAGCAGUGAAUCAUGGACACGCUGCAGCAUGACACUCGCCCUCUGACAUUAAAGAAGAAGCUGGACGUAAUGAUGGAAAUGCAAAGCAUAGUCAUGUUGGAAACACCUGUAAAGUCGCAGUGAAAUAAUUUAUUUCUCUAAAAUGUUCAGUUUUUACUCUUUGUUAUCCACAAUUGACCAACUUUGUUCUUUUAUACCUGUACAUAUGUAUUACUGAAUAAAUAGAUCCGAG